UUCUCCUUUGACUACGAUCCACGUCAUAGGAUAGUGAAAAUCCGAUCCUCUACGAAAAGCAUAUGCCUCUGGGGAGCUAAGAAAUGGGAACCACCAGCGGUGCCACGUAGGCACUAGACUCCCAAAAACACUCGAUCAUGCUUUUGCACUUGCCGGACCCUCGCUGAACCUAGACACGUUUCUUCGCCUUAGUUAACUUUCCCUCCUCUCUCGCUCGCUCGCGCGCGCGCGCCUACGGACUCGAGCUCGACGGGUUUCCCCCAUCUUCAAUGGCGCAGAUCGCACUGACGGCGGCCUCGGCAACACUUGUCUCCUUCAAAGGUAUGCACUCAGUACUUUCUCUCUUACAACAACAUCUCAUAUAUUCUCCGAGGUUGAUUUUUAUUGUACCUUUGAUCGAUCGGGGAAUUUCAGGUGGUUCAAAACAGCGGGCUACGCUAUUCUCCGAUUCUCCGAGAGUAUCGGCUGCCAAUUUAUCGUUAUCUCCAAGUAGAGGGUUCGGAUUUCUUGCCUCGGACGGAAUAAUAAGGGGAAACGAAGGCGUUGCCAAGGUAUCAGACGGUCAAACUGCCCCGUUAUCUUACACAUGGCCGGAUAAUAAUAAGCCGUCGGAUCGAGACCCACCUCCGGGAAUGAAGGGCUCGAGCCGGUUUUUCACGAUCGGCCUUGUGGCCUCCUGGUACUCCUCCAACAUUGGGGUGCUCUUGCUCAACAAGUACCUGCUCAGCAACUACGGCUUCAAGUACCCGAUCUUCCUCACCAUGUGCCACAUGACCGCUUGCUCACUGCUCAGCUACGUGGCCAUCGCGUGGUUGAAGGUGGUUCCCAUGCAGACCAUUCGCUCUCGAGUCCAGUUCUUCAAGAUCUCGGCGCUCAGUCUCGUUUUCUGUGUGUCGGUCGUGUUCGGCAACGUCUCGCUCCGCUUCUUGCCCGUCUCGUUCAACCAGGCUAUUGGGGCUACGACGCCGUUUUUCACUGCGGUCUUUGCCUACCUUAUGACCUUGAAAAGGGAGGCUUGGCUUACAUAUGUGACGCUCAUUCCUGUUGUCACUGGGGUCAUCAUCGCAAGCGGGGGUGAACCAAGUUUCCAUCUGUUUGGGUUCAUAAUGUGCAUUGCAGCUACGGCUGCAAGGGCGCUCAAAUCAGUGGUACAAGGGCUUUUGCUCUCCUCUGAAGGGGAGAAGCUGAAUUCUAUGAACCUCCUUCUAUACAUGGCUCCAAUAGCUGUGGUCUUUCUGCUACCCGCAACGCUUAUUAUGGAGGAAAAUGUGGUUGGCAUCACCUUGGCUCUUGCUAGAGAUGAUGUCAAGAUCAUCUGGUAUUUGUUAUUCAAUUCGUCGCUGGCAUACUUUGUAAAUCUGACCAAUUUUUUGGUCACAAAACACACCAGUGCUCUCACUCUCCAGGUACUAGGAAAUGCAAAAGGAGCUGUGGCCGUGGUGGUUUCAAUUUUAAUUUUUAGAAAUCCUGUCUCGGUUACUGGAAUGCUUGGUUACUCGCUCACAGUCCUUGGAGUUAUAUUCUACAGUGAAGCCAAGAAACGAAGCAAAUGAGAUCAUUCUGGAGAGCAUUAAAUAUUUUGUUUUUCUAAAGGGUGGCAGCAUCAACCCAUGUGGAGGCAAGUUUGGAGCGCAUGCCAGCAGUUGUGGCGUGGGUUUUGCCCUCUAAAUUCUAUUUUUUGCCCGGAAGCCUCACAGAUUGGCUUCCACUUGUAUCAGCAACUCAGGAUUUUAGCCAACAAGUAGAAAAGUUCAAUAAGUGACCGGAUAUGCCUCUAUUAUUCCCAGCUUGGGGUUUUGGAGGAAUGUCUUUUUUUUAUUAUUAUUAUUUUUUAUUCUUUCAGGAAAGGAUUCUAGAAUUGGUUCUCUACACAAUCAGUCUGUUAUUAACAUUUCUUAUAUUGAUUAAUUAAUGAAAAACACCCAUAAUCUUACCAAUA